AUGGGUCGCGUCCGUACCAAAACCGUUAAGAAAUCCUCUCGCCUUGUAAUCGAGCGUUACUACUCCAAAAUGACCUUGGAUUUCCACACCAACAAGAAGAUCUUGGAAGAAGUUGCCAUCAUUCCGUCAAAGCGCCUCCGCAACAAGAUCGCCGGAUUCUCAACUCAUCUAAUGAAGCGUAUACAGAAGGGUCCAGUGAGAGGCAUCUCACUCAAGCUACGGGAGGAAGAGAGAGAACAUCGUAUGGACUUUGUCCCCGAUGAAUCCGCCAUUAAGACUGACCGUGUUGAGGUCGACAAUGAGACAAUUGAAUUGCUUACUUCUUUGGGUAUGAUGGUUUCCACAACGAUAACAGGAGGAUAUGGCGGUGGUCGUAGUGGAUAUAGUGGCGGAGCUGGAGGGAGGUACUGA